AUGGUCAAGGUCUUCCUGUUCCAGCUGUUUGCUGGUGAGCAGGUGCUUGCGCCGGACGUUGAGCCCGUCCAAAUUGCGUCUGCCGACGGCGACGUGCUGCUCGUUGCGCUCAAGGACGGCCGCAUCCAGGCGUUUGACAUCCAUCCCGAUCGUCAGGCCCAGGCGCACGCACAGGCACAGGCGCAGGGCCAAGCAUUCGCGACCGAGCAGUCACAAGACGACGACGACUUGUCCACCGCCACCCCUACGACUGCCGCCGCCGCCGCUGCUGCCAAUGCUGCUGCUGCUGCUGCUGCCAAUGCUGCCAAUGCUGCUGGAUCAGGAUCAGGAUCAAGCAGGCAAACCCGCGCUGGAUCGAACGCCGCAGAACCCAACAAUCCCAAUAAUGAUGCUGCCUCCGCUUCUGGUGCUGCAGGCCCACCCCGAGCACCGCUGGUGGCGAUCGAAUUCUGGACAGUCUCGCCACGCAUCCUCAAGCUGCUGUAUGUGGCUGCACUCGAUGCUGUGCUGACGGUCGAGCUGACAACAACCGAGGUUUUGGCGCCAGCGCCCCCGUCUGCGCGAGCGUCAGCAACGAGCGUCACGACGUACACAAUCGAGGCCAGGCUGUACACUGGCUGGCGCGAUGGCAUCCAUCCGCUCAAGCACCACACCACGAACGCCUCAAACGUGAUGAGCGAGGGCGAGGGUGCUGCGCAGCACGCCAACCAGCCCGUGCAGGGCUACGAGUCCUUCCCAGACGUCCGCACGCUGGCCUCCUCAACCUUCACGACAACAACGCCCACCACGAGUGGAACAACCGGCAGCACACCUGCUACGACCUCGGCGUCGCUGGCGUCGACCACCAUGUCCUCGUCAACGUUCAACACUUCGUCGUCCGUGGGAGGCCUUGGCGCCAGCAGCAUUGCCGGGAGCGUCGCGAAUCCAGCGUCUGCCAUCGCGGCAUCAGUGCAGUCUGUGAUGCGCGCCAUCGCAACGUGCUCAACGAUGGGUCACGUUGCCAUCGCGGCAGGCUCAACCAUCAGCGUUUUUGCCGCGAUUCCUGCUGACACGGUUCCCAUGGAUUCUGCCGAGUAUGCUGCUCUUCCGCAGCACCAGCCACGUGCGCGCAGCCACAGUCGUGGCAGCCGCGCCGCCGCACCUUCACUACUCCGAGGACUGGCGCGCCCGCCUCGUCUGCUUCAUGUUCUGACAAUCGAGUCUCGGUGGACAAUCUCUUCGCUCGCCAUUUCCGGCGAUACGCUUGCCUAUGCUUCCAAUGCAGAGGUGAAAGUACUGCGACUCGACCUCGAGCGGCGUCGUGUGCAGUCCAUUCCCGCGUCCGCGGCUCUUCCGUCGGCCGCUCCCCCCAGCUUGCCAUUUGGAAGCAGCGGAGUUUCCAAAUCCGCUUCGCAUCUGUCCCUCGACUCGACAGGAUCUUCCGCGGCUCCAGGUGGCCAGCCGCCGACCACAUCUUCAGCACCAACGCCGUUGGCACCCCUGCUCGCCAUGUCGCUUGCCUUGGAGAGCGCCGAGACCACUGCGCCGACUGCGCCGAUCGUCGACGUGCACUAUUCCCAAUGCGACUUUGACGCUUCCGGCACUGCUCAGCAGCGUCACCAGGUGAUGCUACUUCCUUCAACAGGCGAUUCGAGCGGCUCAAGUCCAUCGUCGUCGUCGUCGUCGUCGCCAAAUUCCCCAGCUGCCUCGGUCGUGUUGGCGAACGCUGGAUUCACGCGUGGUCCGCGACUCGACACCUUUGAGCAUCUGGGACCUCGUGUGAUCAGUGAUCACGGCGUCACUGUGGUCCCCAGUGCCACGACACUUGGGUUUGUCUUGCGGCAAUGUGUCUUGCUCUUACACAAGCGAUUUUCUGCCGAUGCUCGUCUGCACUCGCUAGCCUUGCUGCCCGAAUACGGACGCAGCAUGUCCGGCACCUCCGCCAGCAUUUCAUCGACCAAUCCGGCGUCGGGCCUCGUGCUUGGAAAUGCUUCCCCGUUGUCGGCCAAAACUGCAGGGCGAUCGCCGCAGGUUGGGGCCGUUGCCCAUGGACACGGCACUGUCUCAACGCUGAUUUCUGCUUCAGCGCUCGCGGAUGAUUCGAUCGCAGGGCUGCGCUGCUUUAUUUCUGAAGCACGACAAGGCCACUUGUUUGAUCUCGCGCAACCGGGCCUGAUCUGUGCGUACUCGUACACGAGCAAUGUUUCUCGUGUGCACAUUAGCUCUCUCUUCUUGCACGCAAUCGCCGAAACCGGCCUGGAGACGUAUACGCUGCGCAGUUCGUGGGUUCGCCAUCGCGAGCCCACUGUGCCCGACGUGUGUCUUCUCGGCCUCAACCCGUUCAUUGGACUUCGCGCAGUCGUGUCGACCGACCACUCUGUCGUCGUUCUAUCCAAAAUGAACACGGGAUCCUCGCGGCUGGAGGCCGAAAAGCACUCGAGAUCCUCGCGUGCUUCGAUCGCCCCAACAGGAGCUCCGCGCGCGACGCGUGACUGCAGCUGGAAUGUCUACAUUCUGCACAUGACCAAGUUGCCCGAGCUGUACACCGAGAUGACCACCAGCGCAUCAUCCUAUCUUCAGAGCAACGCCCGGUUUUACCACCAGCUUCUUCUCGAGGGCUUCCUCUUGUUGCAGGCUGGCGCUUCUUUGCGCUUCCGACGUCCUCAGACCACAUCGACAACGCGGCCAUUCUGCAUUCUGGGUCGCCACGGGUCGUUCGACAGCCUUGAUAGCUUGGAUGUCACCCCGCAGCCAGCUGUUGUUGUUGGGUCGUCCCGCUCGCGCAGCUCGAGCAGCGCGGCGCACUCUCAGCUCGCUCCUCCAUCCGACGCUACUGCUGACAACAAUACAAUGGUCCAGCUGGACGCCUUGUUGCGUGCGGCCGCUGCGCUGCUUGGCAAGUACUUUACCGACCUGAUCAACCCCGAUUAUCUGCGUGGCGCGCGCUACUAUGCCAUGUCGGAAGUCCCCAUGUCGCACAUUUUACGCCUCAUGCUACCAGAGCUGGCAAGCAGCACUGGCGAGCAGGAUUACUUUGUGGAUGCUGGCUCGCAGCAGGCCUUGGCGGCGGUGGAAUACUUUAAUCACGUUCUCUUGUCCACUGCAUCGGAAGGCGUCAGUCUCGUGGCUGGCGCUGCUGGCACAGGUGCCAACUCCAGGCUUUCGCACGCUCAACUGAUGGAGCGCUUUCCGAUUGUGGCCAGCUUGCUUGCCCGCUUGGCGUCCUCUUCCUCAGUUCAAAGCGACAUGGAAAGCGCGUCCCUCGGCAACCGCAUUCUGUGCAUCUAUCGGCAUGCGGCUCCGACGCUCCUGUCUAGGCUGCUGCUAGACUCGCGCUUGCACUCGCUGUGCCGCUUUUCGCCCACCUAUGCGCUUCGCCUGUUGGAGGACGUGAUUGCCCGGCGCGCCCAACACGUCCCGCUCAGCGCGCUGACUUCCAGCCAGGGUGCCAGCCAAGGCCAGCAGGCCAGUCAGGCGCACCAACAGCCAGUCAUCAUCCAGAACUACAUGGCACUCACGCGGCAAGACACGUUCGCUGUCGCGUCGCUUCAUCUGGCCUUGGGCCGUUGGGAGCCCGCUCGCAAAACUCUAAUGUCCCUCGACCGCGAGUAUCUCAUCACAAUGCUGGUGGCCCGCCCAGAGUUGCUCUGGCAACCCAUUUGCGCGCCAGCAGUGUCAUCGUCGGCAGCACGUCGGAAGAGCACAUCGGCCGCCAGCGCCGGGUCUGCCGCUGAGCCGACUGCCUCUGCCGCGGCCACCAUCGACGACAAUCCCCUGACUUACAUUGCCUCCGUUGUGCGUCACCCCUCGGUCGAGCUUUCCAUGGCACUAAGUCAGCAACGCGAGACGGUGGCUCUGGGCCAUUUGCUUCGCCGCGAGCUGCCCAACACUCUGUUGGAGACCCUGCUGCGUCUCGGGACGCGCAUUUCGCUUGCCGACGCCCUCGCCAUGCUUCGUACCUAUGUUUCGCUUGACCAUGCGGGCAAGGCCAUUCCACGCUUGCUGGCAACAAGUGCGGUACCGCAGCACCCGGUUCUUCUGGACUGCGACGAUGUUGAGACGCGCCAGCUCGUCAUGUCCUACCUCGAGGCGAUGCUGCCGACCAUUCUUGCAUCGACGUCGCUGCCCCUUUAUCUGAGUCCGGAAAGCGACGCCGACCUCACCGGUCCCCCGCCGAUUGGCUCUGCGCUCGAUGUGUCCCUGCCCUACUUUAUGACGCUCUUGUAUCUCUACCUGGAGCAGCUCUCUGCAGCAAUCGCCCGUUCGCACCAGCCCAACAAGCCGCUCGAACAGCAAACAGCACUCGAACAGCUCCAUCCCAUCAUGCCGCAGCAGGAUGCGCAGAACGCUGUUUGGGAUGUGGAGUCGCUCGUCACGAAGACGCUCACCCUCAUGACGCACCGACAAAUUACCCCCAAUGUGGCACGUGCGCUCCUCGCUCUGGUUCGGCACCACAGCAUUCCGACCUGGCAGCGCGCGGAAGGCGCCGCCGAUCUCAAGGGCAACACCAUGCUCACAGGCAUCUCCUCGCUCUCCUUGCGCGGCCGCCUGCAAUUCGACUUGUUGUGCCUGCCCUUGGUCGGACAGCUGGAUGUCGCUGUCAGCCAUGUCAUUCGAUUUUGUCCGUCCUUCCUCACUGACUACCUCAAGUUGUUUGCGACCGAUUUGAGCGACUGGCAACAUGCCCUUGAGCGGAUGCUUGCUGCCAUCUCGGCCAUUGCUGCGUCUUUUGGAUCCGAUUCCCCAACAGACGAUGCCUUGUCGGCCGGCUCCAAUCGCCAGCAACAAGGCAAGCAGCAACCAGCCGACACUUCAGGAAACCUGCCUGCAGAGACGCACCUCGAGGCUGCCAAUCUCUGCGACUCUGAGCUCCAUCGUGCUGUGCUGGUGACUUCGUACUUUUCCAUGCUCGAACAUCUGUCUGCAACACUUGAACCGGGCAAGUUCUUGCCCCUCUUGCCUGCGCACGGCUCGAUGCAAGUCUUCCUCCCGUACAUUAUGCGCUGUUUCCAGGCUUUCUCUGCCUCGGCUCUCAAGCAAACUAUGGCGCGCUCCGCUCUUGAUCUGUCUUGA